AUGGCAUCAAGACCCGUUUAUUCGACUUCGGAAUCGUAUGUUCCUGCAGGGUCCAUUAUAUUUCAAGUUGUUCGAAAAGCAUUCGAGAACGAGAAUAAGCAUGGUUUCUUUCAUCUUGAGGGAAUGUACCAGGGAACCAUAUACCAACUCGUAUGGAAUUCAUACGACCUCGGUAUGGAAAGGGUUGCAGCGCUCGGGGAUUUAGAAGAAAAAUCCUAUGUUGACGUGCAAGGUAAAUGGCACGUUGUUCACAGGAAUAAUGGUGGUAGUCUUACUAAAACUACCACUAUGAUGAUGAGGAAUUUUAAGCCGGUGACAGCGGGGCCUACUAAUGAGGACAACAAGGCUGUAAAAGUACCAAGGGCGUCCGUCUACAAGAAUGCCAAUGACGUUGACUUGUUGUUGAAGGCUAUGGACGGCGAGAAGUUGUUAAGGAACUUGAGGGAGAGAGUGAAACUCACCGAUUAUUCAGGUGUUAUGGAUGCAUACGAGGAACAACAGAGCCGUAAACGUGGAAUCGAUGGAACUUCAGAUAAAGAUAUAAAGCGUCCCAAGAGUGAAGAUGUCAAGGACGAGGAGAUCAAGAAAGAGAUCAAGAAUGAGACAGAGGAAGUGAAGGCCGAGUCCACUGAAGGUUUGGAUAGUUCUUUCGCCAAGUUGUCAGGAGGAGCCAACGGUACAAGUCAAAAUCCUAUUGAUCUUGAUGACGAUGGCGAUCAAGCAAUGUAA